AUGACGUAGAUUCUCGCGCAAGGAAGCCCCAGGACUGACGCGCCAAAUUUCAAAGGACUUCCUCCAGGAAAGAAGGCUGAAAAGCUGCACCGACGCCUGGCUGAACAAAUGGCGAUAAAAUCCCGCAGAAACAACGCGUUUUGUUUAAAGUGUAGUUGCUGAGCCCGCUGGUGGAGCUGUCGACGGUGUUCCAUUGGCGGCAGUUUGAGGAAUAAUUCGCAUAAAGUCGGCGUGUCAUUGUUGUAAGUGGCAGCUUUGACUUUCAUUCUGUCCUACAAGGAACUAACGUCAGCUAGCUUAAUCCUGUUUCUGUCUGACAAGCUAAAAAGCCACACCGCGAUAUUCCAUUGCUCUUUUAAAAAAGAAAAAAUCUUAUUUCAACGUCAAUUCAUGCACAUAUCAGACAGACCUCAGCCGUUCCACCCUGUCAGGCUUCCCACCUGUGAGACGGCUGAUGUCAGGAGCCUGGGAUUUUAAUCUCUCUCACACACACACACACACACACACACACACACACACACACACACACACACACACACACACACACACAUGCUCAGGUGACAACUGUUCAAACCUUAAAAUAUUAGAUGUCAGAACUCCAGCUAAAAGUCACGGCUGUCAAGUCUUUUGGCAGGUUUGCUUCGCCACGGUUUCAAUGUUUACUGCACCUUUCGAUUUAGCAUCACUGUAACACACAGGCUGUCUACAUUACUGAAGCUCUUUAUUCUCAAAUCCAUCUUCUUAUUGCCUCUUCUCUAUGGGGGAUUGAGCUCAUAACCGAGUGCAGAAGCUAAUUUCCACACUUUGCCAGCUUAUACAGUGCUUCAUAUCCUCAUUAUUUAUUCAUGUAUUCACAGCAGUGCACAAAGGGUCAUCAGCUUUCCAUACUAAUGCAAACACCUGUUGCUGCACAUGCCAGUCACCAACACACUCAGUGCUUUCAGGCCUAUGUUUAGAACAGUUUAGCUUUAUGUAAGCAGUCAGCACUGCCUGGGCAAAUGGCUUUCAUUUAACCUCUGUCCGCUAGCAAAGAAUUGUAUCCCAAAAUGCAUCGCAGCCUCCUGUAACUCAGGGGCCUGUCACAGAUACAGUCUGGCCUCUGGGUGGGGUGCAGGUGAGGGCUUAGCGGUGGCAGACAAUCAAACCCUUCAGUCAUGCUGUCCGGGGUGCAGCCGUGCUUCCAGUUGCUUCGCAUCGGUUCGUCGGCCUCCGACUCGGCGCGGGACCUCUACACGUUCAGGCCGGUGCAGAGCCAGUCUGUGUUCCGACUGGGCCGGGCGGCGGAGCUGUGUGACGUCACGCUUGACUCGUCGUCGGUGUCACGGAUCCACGCCGAGCUGCAUGCGGAGAGGGAGGCAGGCGACGGUGACGCAGCGCCACAGGAGGAGGAGGGCUGGAGUGUCCACAUCAAGGACAGGAGCAGUCAUGGCACCUGGGUCAAUGAGGUCCGCCUCCAGCCUGGCAUCCAGUGGGAGCUCUCAGAUGGCGACACGCUGACCUUCGGUGUCCAGUCGGCUCCAGGGAGCCCCGAGUUCUACUUCCUCUUCCAGAAGGUCAAAGUUCGUCCGCUAGACUUCGAUGCCAUCACAAUUCCAAAGGCAGGCACCUUCUCCUCCGACUUAAAGAACCGGAUCAGAACUAACCUGGACCGCAGGGCGGCCGCCAACAUGGACCUGUCUAAUCUGCCCAUCAACCGGGCCACCGUCAUCCUCAACUCCAUCGGCAGCCUCAGUAAGAUGAAGGGCAGCGCCUGGACCUUCCAGAGGAGCCACAGCCACGAGGGCACCGCCUCGGACCCCGGCUCCUCCUCCUCGCCGCCUCUGACUGUGAGCUUAACCUCUCUGCUCCCGCCCUCCACGCCGCCAUCCUUCUCCUCCUCCUCCUCCUCCGCAGCCUCGGUGCCUUCGACAAAGUUCCACCAGCCGACGUCGAGGAGCAGGAGGAAGUCGGCGCACACGGUGCUCCUCGAGGACGACAGCUCGGACGAACCCAGAAGUCGAGCAGCUCCGGCAGGAGUUGUUGACGACGGCCAGAGGUCGAGGGGGAAGAAGAGGCGGCGGCUCUACAAAUCGGAGUCGGAGAGCGUCAGCCCCCCCCCUCCUCUGCCGCUGCAGCCCAAGAGCCACGGCGACAUCCGGCGCCCGCUGGAGGCCAAGCCCUUCCCCGUCGGCAUCCGGACCAUCGGCAGCUUCCACGGCGCCAUGACCAACAGCCGACUCAACCACCACCUCCUGCAGGCGUCGCUCGGCAACCCCGCGGUCCGCAAACAGGAAGUGCAGACGAUGCACCGGGUCCAGACGGCGGUGCACACCAACAUCGCAGCUUUCCGCCAACAGAAACCCGCCCACAGUUCUCCGACGGCGCAGAGAGGCAGGCGGAGGGCUCACAGCUCUCCGGUUUUCUCCCCUCUGGUGGUCGGAGGGGAGAACUACAGUCUGGCCUCGCCGUCGGUGAGGAUCCGCACCGACGAGAGAGGCAGGGUGCAGUUCAACAGAUUUCACCAUCCGACAAGCAAGCGCCGAGGCCGCCCCAGGAAACACCCGCUGCCCCCCCGGCCUUCCCUGCCCUCACCAUCCUCCUCGUCCUCCUCUUCCACCUCCUCCGCCUCCUCCUCCUCCGGCUCCUCGUCGUCCUCCUCCUCCUCUGACGACGACGACGACGAAGAGGAGGAGGACGGCGGGGCGACGGGCGGGGCGGUGGAGCCGUGCGCGGCGCCGCGCUGCCGGCUGCCCCAGCAGGACACGGUGCAGUGGAUCCAGUGCGACGUGUGCGACGCCUGGUACCACUUGGACUGUCUGCACGUCGACCGCAAGAAGCUCCUGAAGGACCCCAACGCCGACUUCCACUGCGGAUGUUGCUGAGACCAGAGAGAACCGAGUUUGUGCCAAGGAAACGUAACGCUCUCAAGACUAGAAAGUUCCCACAAUUUUCCCCCUUAAAUGGUUUAUUUUCAUUCAGCCCCACUCAUGCAAAAUCAACAGACGUGUUUCUGUGAAGAUGCUACUUCUAAUGGCCACAGA